AUGGACCUCCGAAAUGACAAGCCUCCCACGGGAGUAUUACCAUAUCGCGAGGAGCGACCUACGGGCACAUUCUUCUCCUUCUUUAGGAAAUGGGCAGCCGAUAGACCGACUGCACCUCCGCAGACCACAUCUCCAGAAAGAAGGGCAUCUCCUGAAAUCGGCUCGCUCGUCGAAAACCUUAGCCUUGGUGACCGUCCUAGAUCUCAACAGCCAUAUAUCUCUCAUGCACGCACGACCGAACGAUCACUUCAAGGUUCUAAACAAUCUGAAUACUCCGCCCAAGCUCCGACUGCCAUUUCACUUACAACCUCUCCCCAGGUUAUUCACGACACGCACCUCGACCCGGAGCCCGAUGGUAGACAGUCGCGAGGUCUAGGCUCUUGGGUCCCAGAAGUACCUUCGGACCCACUCUUUGACAAUGUUCCUUCCAGCCCAGUCGAUGACUAUGAUAUUGAUCUACUAGAGGGUGGUACAUCUUUGCUUCUUCAACCAGAGACUAAGCCUAUCACUCAUGAUCAGCUCAUCAACGAAGUCAAGGGAAUGUAUGCUGGACUGGUUCUGGUUGAACGCGAGUGUGUGAAGAUCACUCCAGCACGCGCCACCCCUGCCGACGGACUCAGCCCUGGCCGACGGCAAAGAUCAAUCAAUCUGCGCAGGAUUGUGAACGAGCUGCUUCGUGCUUCGCCCGUGGAUGCCACAGCUUCGCCUUUGCAACGCAUCUUUAAUACGUAUGCCAGAGCCCUGGACAUCAUUGUGAAUGGAAAAGCAUCUGUCACGAACACGAACCUGCGGCAAGCACGGCCCGAGAGGUUGAUGCUGCCCAUCAUUGCCAACCGCAGGAUACGCGUAGACGCAGUCCCCGACACUAUGGCUUCGCGGUGCGUCCUCAAAGAAGAUUGGGCCAUGGCGAACGGCAUACCAAUCGACCGCGAUACCUCGGAGUCACACACCUUCGUGACUGCAACCGGACGCAAAAUUUCCGCCAUCGGUCGUGCAUUCAUGGAUAUUGCGUUUGCAGCCAGUCCCAGGGAGACUUAUCGCUGUGAGUUCGCGGUGGUGAGACAGUGUGCUACAGAUAUGGUGAUUGGAGAACCCUUCUUGAAGCUCACGGAGACACUGACAAAGUUCCGUGCGAGGCUCAAGAAGGUCGUGGCGCCGCUCAAGCAAGCUGUCAGGCUUAUGCGCAUGGAUCCGGAUCACCGGAAGCUCGAUUGUCUGAUCGACUCGGAACGAAGCUUGAUCACCACCGAUACAGGCUCUGAUGUCGACCUCAUAUCUUCAGAAUACGCUGAAAGGCGCGGUUGGAAGGUCACACCUUUGCCUGCAGAGGAAGGCUAUGUCGUCCUCGCAGACGAAUCAAUAGAGAAGCUGGACGGGUAUGUUGAUAUACCGAUCAUCGUAGGCGGCGCCCACAUUCAGGUCCGUUUCUUCGUUCUGGACGGCCUGACUUGUGACGCGCUACUUGGCUGUGGCACACUCGAUGCUCUUGAUGUAUUCCGGAAGCACAACGCUUCGUUAGUGGUUGUCGAGGGCCUCUCAGACCUGGCCCAGUUCCAGCUGAUUGAGUGGCGACAAAAGCUCGAUGAUACACGAGCGUGGAUCGAUGAACAGACGGAGACAGUUGAUGAAGAUUUGCAGCCACUUCGAGAUGGUAAGGACGUCCGUUGCCUCAGAAACCUCAGCUCACACGUUGGCUAG